AUGCUUCGAGAGGAGCUGGAGCAUAGGAAGAAAGUUCAGGAUGCUGAGUUGCGUGAGCUGUCAGCCCUUGUACAACGCGAAUCGACACAGGAGGCCGUAGCUGUGUUCCGGACAGAGAUAAUGCAGGUGCUGCGUGAAAUUCAACUAGAGUACGAGCAGCGCUUGGAGGCCGCUAAAGCGGACAUCCACUCGGCCUAUGAGGUGAAGGCGCGGGUGCUGCGUCAGACGGGAGUGGCAGGGACAGAGACAGAGGGAGAGUCGGCACCUGUCCACCUCCGCCAGCUCCUCAUCGACCAGCGUCGCAAAAUUAGCACUCUGGAGGAGGCCAAUGCCCAGUUGGAGCUGACGGUCCGCGAACUGCGGGCAUUGAAUCAGGAGAGGCAGAAGGAUAGCGAUCUCACAAAGCAUCGUUUAACCACAGAACUGAGCGCUUGUCAGGCGGAGUUACAACGGUUGCGGACAGAUUUUGAGGCCCUCCUCGAUUCGAAAAUGGGUCUAGAGUUGGAAAUAGCCUCAUAUCGACGGCUGAUUGAGCACGAGGAGCGAAGAGUAGUAUCCUCACUAUGUGACUCCAUUGAGCCAAAGUGCACGGCUUACUCCUGUCUCUCCACCAUGCACACAGUCCUGGAGAAGCCGCGAGUAGAACUGGUAUUGCCCGAGCCGACACCAAAGAGGAUCAGCCACACUCGCAGCUCCAAGGGCAACAUCUCCAUCGUAGAGUGCGCAGUGGACGGCUCUUCAGUUACCUUGGUCAAUACCGGAUCCCAGAGAGAAGACAUCAGUGGUAUGAGAUUGAUGCGUCAAGUGGACGAUCGCCUGACCAAUACCUUCAUCAUCCCCAAGGGUACAGUGCUGGAGACCGAUCCCAGCCGGAGGAUGAUAAAGAUCUGGUCGGAGGGCUGCAAACCCACCGAUGGGGAGGGAUUUGAACUUCGCGACUCCCGAUGGGGCACUGGAACCACCACGAGGACUGUUCUGAUGGCGCCGAGUGGAGAGGAGAAGGCAGCCUACACACUUCGUGUGAUGUCCCAACCCUGCGUUUCCGAGCGCAGCACCUCCAGCUGCACUUGA